UGCAGUGUGACCAUUGCCGCCAAACUACGCGCUAGUGUAUUAUUCCUAGCGAUUUAUGCCAAGCGUUAGUGUAUUUACUCAGAAAGAGCUGGAGCGACACAAAAAUGAGCGCACGAAAGAAAACGUGGAUAAAAUGCGCUUUCAGCGAUUGGAACUUGACGCCGCCCACCGCCGGUUCGGAGGGCACGGGAACACCAGCCAAACGCACAAGAAGCGCACCAAGCGCGCGAACUCGAAGGAAUCAAAAUGAUAAUUCAAUGCCUACGCUGGCCGCCGCCGCCUUAGUGGAUCUGACGGCAGGAAAUGAUGAUGAAGACGGAUGCGGGGACGACAGUGCACCGCCACCACAGAUUCGUGAAGACUGGUUGGAGAGUUUUGCGCCCAACAGCAGCGAGGAGCUGGCCGUGCAUCCGAAGAAGAUUGGCGAGCUGCGGGAUUGGCUGCGUCACUGCGAGGCCGUGCGUAUCAAGGCUCCCGCACAGAUAUGCCUAGUGACUGGGCCAACAGGCGCUGGGAAGACGGCUACACUGCGUGUGCUGGCCAAGGAAUUUGGAUAUAAGCUGCAAGAGUGGAUAAAUCAGGUGGACUGUGAGGUUAUUAAUGCACUGGGCAACCAACCCAGUGGCGGCUCCUAUGUGGGUUCCCGUCUGGAGGCUUUUAAGAGUUUUCUGUGGCACGGCUCGCGCUACAAAUCCUUGCUGGAUGCGCCGAAUAGGCGCAGACUUCUCCUGGUAGAGGACUUUCCAAAUGUACUGCUAAGUGAUUCUGAGGCCAACUUUGACGAAUUGCUGGAGGAAUAUUCCAUCCAUGGGAAAUGCCCGUUGGUAUUCAUCGUAGCCGAUGCCAAGUCGCGGGGUCUCAACAUAAGCUACAAGCUAUUCCCGGACCAACUGAAGGCCAAACACCGCAUCGACCAUAUCAGCUUCAACUCAAUCGCAGCGACGAUAAUGCAAAAGACAAUGAAGACAUUCUGCGCCAUCAUGCAGCAGAAGGAGAACAAGGCGCUGUAUAAAGUUCCGCCGUCAUCAGUUGUUGACUCAAUAGUCGUUGGGGCCCAGGGCGACAUACGCAAUGCGCUGAUCAAUCUUCAUCUCAGCUCCCUGAAGGGAACACCCAACAUGCCCACCAAACCACUGAGCGUAAGCUCAGUUACCAGCAAGGGACGCAAACGCAAGACGCAGUCAACCCUGAAGUCGAUAGGACGUGAUGAGUCCAUCACCCUGAUGCAUGCACUUGGUCGUGUACUGAAUCCAAAGUUCAACGAGGACAAGCGCUUGCAGCACAGCCCCGAGGUCUUAACCGAAGCCUUUUGCACAGAGCCAAGAAACUUUGUCAACUUCAUCCACGCCAAUUAUCUGCCGCAUUUCCGAGACAUUGAAGAUGUUGUGCCCACCAUUAAUGACCUCGGUCUAGCCGAUCUCAUGCUCAACGAGUAUCGUGUCGAUGGCCUAUCCACAAUGGGUCUCAAUCUCGCCAUUCGCGGCAGUAUGCUAGCCAACAGUGCCCCCGUCAGCGGUUGGAUGCCCGUCCGCGGUCCAAAGCGAAUCAAUGUGCUGCCUCAGGACCCACUAGCGGAGCAGAAACUAAUGGGCAUUCGAUACGCAAGCACCUCAAAAGCUCUCUACGCAUCCGAAUACAAGUCCUUUGUGAAAUGCAUAGCUGCCAAAAGUGCUGAAGAGAUGAUGCCAAAAGAAACUGAACUAUCCAUAGAGGAUUAGCUUUCAGAGCACAUUGUUGUGUAAACUUAAUUGUAACCAUAGUUAUUAUUGGAGUUAAUAUUUAAGGGUCGUUAGUUGCGAAUGAACGUUGAUUAAAUUAUUAAUUUAGCAGAACAUAAAACA